AUCUGCUUCAUAGCGGCGUAAUUUCGAACGAUUAAUGCGUUUUAAAAGAUUCUGUGAAACGAUUGUUAUCUCUGAUAAUAACGCGUAGAUCCAUUUUGUAAAAUUAUUCAGUUUAAGUAAAAACAUGUCGACAAUUACAGAAGAAUAUGAUACUCAAGAUGAUUCCGAGAAACAAAAUGAUCCAGCAGAAUUUUACGGUGUUCGAGAUGGUACACUCUUUUUGAUUGAUACUUCUUCUGAAAUGUUUAACAAUAAUGAUGAUGGAAUACCACUUUUUGUAUCGUGUAUAGAGGAAUAUAUUUAUAUUCUGAAACAAAAAUUAGUUUGGAACAGACAAGAUUGGAUGGGUUUAAUACUUAUUGGUACGGAGACAUGCGAUACUGAUACAAAAAUAGAAAACAUUUUAACUUUACAGAAACUUUCUCCUAUUAAUAUAAAUAAAUUAAAAGAAGCUGAAAAAAUACGAAAUAAUUGGAAAGAUUAUAAAAGUAAAAGCUCCUCCAAACAAUAUCCUUUUCAAGAUACUUUAUGGCAUGCAGCUCUAAGUUUUUCUUCUAUAAACCUAACGAUGUCUGCACGUAGAGUUAUAUUAUAUACGUGUCAUGAUGUUCCACCAUUGACUAACGAAAAUGAAAAGCAUCGUAUCAGAGCUAAAGCAGCCACUUAUAGCGAUUCAGGUAUAUUACUUUAUGUAGUUGGUUUAGGAAAUACCUGGGAUGCUGAACGUUUUUACAAAGAUCUUGAGAUGCUGUCCAGAAAUAUUAACAAAGAAGAUUACCAAAGAACUUCUUACAAAGAUUUAUUACAUCAAGUAAAACGGCCAUCUAGACGCAUGGCAAAGUUACCUUGGAGACUUGGAAAAGAUGUCGUAAUAAAUGUAGAUAUAUGUAAUGUUUGUGUUAAAUCGCAAGAUGUGAAAAAAAUGACAAUGAAUUCAGAAAAUAAUGCUCCUCUGGUUGCAUAUACAUAUUUCCAAAGAAAGGAUUCUGACACGGAAGAGGACGAAGAGGAUCAAGAACGAGAUGAAAAAAUUACUAUGCCUUUAUUAGAUGCAGAUUUGAGAAAAAUGGGAGAAUUUGGUGGAGAAAAAAUAUAUUUUACUUUAGAUGAAGUUAAAAGUUUUGAAAAAAUUUUUGAAAUGGGAAUAGAUAUGAUCGGUGUGAAACCUUUUUAUUGUGAUCCAAUGUAUCACCUCCAUGCACCUUAUUUUGUCUCUUGUAAUAAAAGUUGCAGUAAAGGUGAAAAAUUAUUAUUUGCCGCUUUAUUAGAUAAAUGUAAAAAAAGGAAUCUUAUAAUAAUAUGUAGAGUAACUUUGAGAAAACAUUCUGGAUCCUAUUUAUACAACAUGAUACCAAUGUCCGAUGAAGGAGGGUUUUAUUUAUACAAAAUACCAUAUAAUGAAAAUGUAAAUAAUUUUACUGAAGAAAUGUAUCAAUACGCAUUUAAUGAUCAAGAUAAAAAAAUCCCUAUUAAUGAUGAAGGUGUUCAAUUGUUUAAACAGAUUAUUAAAAAAUUUAGUCAAAUUUAUGAUCCAGAAAGAUUUCCAAAUCCUAAAUUACAAGUUAAACUGCAAAGUGUGGAGACAUUAGCUUUGGAUCUUGAUGUACGAGAUCCUCCACAGGAUGAAACACUUCCCAUGGAAGAUGUACUCCAAGAAAGAAUAGGUGAUUUAACAAAACAAAUUAAUGAAUUAUUUAUGCCAGAAGAAAAUGAAUUUAAUCCGCCAGACAAGAAAAGAUAUAAGAAAUCUGGUAAGAGUAGCGAUAAGUCAGUUGUAACGUAUAACGACGAAGAUGUUCUUGAGCUUGUACAACAAAAUAAGUUGGAUCGAUGCAAAGUAUCAGAUUUACAAUUAUUUUUGCGCAAUGCUGGUUUAAUCACAUCUGGACGUAAAAUAGAACUCAUAGAUAGACUUUAUACGCAUUACAGAAAAAAUUCAGAUGAAAACUAGAAAUGUAAAAAAAUGUUUUUAAUAUUAUAAAUUAUAUUUUAUAUAUAAGA